AUGAAGCUUCUAGCCUCUUCUUUCCUGCUGCUGCUGGCGGUGAUGCUCACGGUCACGGUCCCCAGCAGCCCAAAUCCAGGGGUCGCCAGAAGCCAAGAGGACCAACACCGGGCUCCUGGGCCGUGGCUCUUGGAAGAUGGCCAAGAAUGUGAAUGCAAAGAUUGGUUCCUGCGAGUCCCAAAGAGAAAACCCACAGCAGUGCUGGGGCCACCAAGGAAGCAGUGUCCCUGUGAUCAUGUCAAGGGCAGUGAGAAAAAAAACAGACACCAAAAGCACCACAGGAAGUCACGAAGACCCUCCAGAGCCUGCCAGCAAUUCCUCAAACGCUGUCAAUUAGCAAGCUUUGCGCUGCCCUUAUAG